UCUGCCUGGGUAAAGCAAGGUCCUCUCCGUAAUUUAGUUUUGGCAGGAGGGAAAGUUUCAGUGUCAGUUUGGUUCAGAAACAACUCAAACAUGGCUCAACAAGAAUACAAGGUGCUUAGUGACAAACUGUUCACGUACAAAGGAAUGGUCUUUCCAGCGUAUGACACGCAUGAUCUUACUACGGAUUAUAUUGACAGUUUGGAGGAUUUUGAAAUAAGGAAUGAUGAUCUCUUUGUUGUUACCUUCCCGAAAUCUGGUACUAUAUGGACCCAACGGAUCAUUACUUUACUAUUUGAGGAAGAUUUCCCUGAAAAAGUGAACCAAAUCACGUACGAGCAGAUGCCUUGGCUAGAGUUUCGGGAAAAGGAAAAAGAUUACACCUCACGUCCAUCCCCAAGACUUUUCUGUUCCCAUUUACAUGAGCACAUGGCGCCUAAAGGGCUACAGGGAAAAGGAAAAAUCAUCUAUGUCAUGAGAAACCCCAAAGAUGUCAUGGUGUCAUAUUUCCAUUUUUCGAACAACAUGAAGAAACUGGAUUCUUCUGAGAGCUAUGAUGAGAUGUUGGAGAAGUUCUUCACAGGGUGGAUGGUCGGUGGCUGUUGGUUUGACCACAUUAAAGGAUGGAUCACAAAUAAAGACAAAUAUGACAUCCUGUUCCUCACGUAUGAAGAGAUGAUAAAGGACCUCAGAUCCGUCAUUCUGAAAAUCUGUGGGUUUGUUGGGAAGAAUCUGUCGGAUGCAGCGAUUGACAAAGUGGUCGAGACAGCCACUUUCAAUCACAUGAAAAAAGACCCAAAAGCCAACUAUGAAUUCCUUCCUAAGGAUGUCACAGAUCGGCCACAAGGACUAUUUCUGCGCAAAGGAACAGUCGGGGACUGGAAGAACUCGUUAACUGUGGCCCAGAAUGAACAAUUUGACCAGGUCUACCAAGAAAGAACAAAGGGUCUUUCUCUUGACUUUAACUGGGACAUCUCUGAGUUAUUUGGCUGAAAAAUAACACAUUGAGAUUAUGUUAUGUAAUGUCAUGAAUCUAUAACUACUACACCGCCCAAGGUGCACCACCAAACAGAGUUUCUGAAAGUAAAUGACAAGACAUGAAAUGUUUUCUGAAAAGUUGUAAUCAAUGUUUAUCAGUAUCUACACAAAUGUUAAUAAAGAUAUCACAAUAACCAAAUAUAAAAAGCAUGGCAUCAAA